CCCACAGGGACCGAACGAGGAGGCGGUGGUGGACCAGGGGGGAACCAGCUCGGUCCUCAACAUCCACUAUGAGAAGGAGGAGCUAGAAGGUCACAGGACUCUGUAUGUGGGGGUGCGGAUGCCCCUGGGGAGACAGAGUCACCGACACCACCGACCCCAUGGGCAGAGGCACCGCAAGCGGGAGAGAAUGAGGGGCACAGCGCCAGAGGAGGGUCCCUCUCACGACACCCCAUCCCAGAGAGUCCAGUUCAUCCUGGGCACGGAGGAGGAUGAGGAACACGUUCCCCAUGACCUGUUCACCGAGCUGGACGAGAUCUGUGUCCGUGGGGGCAAGGACGCUGAGUGGAAGGAGACAGCCAGGUGGCUGAAGUUCGAGGAGGACGUGGAGGACGGUGGAGAGCGCUGGAGCAAGCCCUACGUAGCCACGCUCUCGCUGCACAGCCUCUUCGAGCUGCGCAGCUGCAUCAUCAACGGCAGCGUCCUGCUGGACAUGCACGCUGGGAGCAUCGAGGAGAUCGCAGACAUGAUCCUGGACCAGCAGGAGGGGUCGCUGGACGAGAGCGUGCGGGUGAAGGUGAGAGACGCCCUGCUGAAGAGGCACCACCACCAGAUCGAGAAGAAGAGGAACAACCUGCUGCCCAUGGUCCGCUCCUUCGCUGAGGCCGGCAGGAAGCAGUCGGAGCCCCACUCCCUGGACAAGAGUGGUCAGACUUUGUCCCCUCAGGCACCCCCAGCCACCUUAGAGGUAAAGAACGGGGUCAACCAGGAGAGCAGCCAAGUGGACCUGAGCAAGGUAUGGUACCCCAGCUGCCAUCUCAUGCCAAGAUGGUUAGAGCUGGGAUUAAGGUUAGGACUGGGGUUAAGGUUAAGGUUAGGACUAAUGGUAAAGAUUCAUAUUAAAGUUAGGGCUGGAGCUGGAGUUAGUUUAAGGUUUGAGCUGGGAUUAAUGUUAAGUUUUGCUGUUAAUUGCUCUUCAUUGGUGUUAAUCGUCCUUGACUGUGGCAGGUUCCUGUUCAUCUUGCUGGGACCAGAUGGGAAAGCACAGCAGUAUCAUGAAAUUGGGAGAUCCAUGGCAACCAUAAUGACUGAUGAGAUCUUCCAUGAUGUGGCAUACAAGGCGAAAGACCGUAGUGACCUGCUGGCGGGUAUCGAUGAGUUUCUGGACCAGGUGACAGUUCUGCCCCCGGGAGAGUGGGACCCCUCCAUCCGCAUUGAGCCCCCCAAGAAUGUCCCCUCACAGGAGAAGAGGAAGAUGCCAGGGAUGCCAAAUGGAAUGGCGUGCCAGGUGGAAGUGGAGCCCCACGGAGAGCACCAUGGCCCUGAGCUGCAGAAGACUGGAAGUGCCAUUGAGUCCCUGCUGGGCGCCUCCAUGACAGGCAUCGCUUAUUCCCUGUUUGCUGGGCAGCCACUCACCAUCCUGGGCAGCACAGGUCCGGUCCUGGUCUUCGAGAAGAUCCUCUUCAAGUUCUGCAAAGACUAUGGCCUCUCCUACCUGUCACUGCGCACCUGCAUCGGGCUCUGGACUGCCUUCCUCUGCCUCAUGCUGGUUGCCACGGACGCCAGCACACUGGUCUGCUACAUCACGCGCUUCACAGAGGAGGCCUUCGCUGCCCUCAUCUGCCUCAUCUUCAUCUAUGAGUCCCUGGAGAAGCUGCUGCACCUGGGGGAACUCUACCCCAUCAACAUGCACUCCGACCUGGACAAGCUCACCCUCUACUACUGUAAAUGCACAGAGCCUGACAACCCCAGUAACCAAACUCUUCAGUACUGGAGCGAGAGGAACAUCUCGGCCUCCUAUGUGCCCUGGGCAAACCUCACUGUCACGGAGUGUCUGAAGCUCCAGGGAGAGUUCGUGGGGACAGCCUGUGGACACCACGGUCCCUACACCCCGGAUGUCCUCUUCUGGUCUGCCAUCCUCUUCUUCUCCACCUUUGCCCUGUCCACCUUCCUCAAGCAGUUCAAGACCAGUCGCUACUUCCCCACCCGGGUAAGAUCUCUCGGGGCUCGUCUCAGACGUACCAUUGACUUCCUGAUGAGCAUGCCCUCUUCCCCCCUCCUUGCUCCCCCACAGCCGACCCGGGACGACCGUGGCUGGAUCAUGAAUCCUAUCGGCCCCAACCCUUGGUGGACAGUGGUGGUGGCACCGAUCCCUGCGCUGCUCUGCACCAUCCUGAUCUUCAUGGACCAGCAGAUCACCGCCGUCAUCAUCAACCGCAAGGAGCACAAGCUGCUGAAGGGCUGCGGUUAUCAUCUGGACCUGCUGAUGGUGGGGUUCAUGCUGGGCAUCUGCUCCAUCAUGGGUCUGCCCUGGUUCGUGGCGGCCACCGUCCUGUCCAUCUCCCACGUCAACAGCCUGAAGCUGGAGUCGGAGUGCUCGGCACCGGGAGAGCAGCCCAAGUUUUUGGGCAUCCGGGAGCAGCGGCUCACUGGGCUCCUGAUCUUCGUGCUGAUGGGCUGUUCUGUCUUCAUGACCGGGGCUCUGCAGUUCAUCCCCAUGCCAGUGUUGUACGGAGUGUUCCUCUACAUGGGUGCCUCAUCUCUAAAGGGAAUUCAGUUCUUCGACCGCCUGAAGCUCUUCGGCAUGCCGCCGAAGCACCAGCCGGACUUCAUCUACCUGCGCCACGUGCCCCUGAGGAAGGUGCACCUGUUCACCCUGAUCCAGCUCACCUGCCUGGUCCUCCUGUGGGUCAUCAAGACCUCGCCGGCCGCCAUCGUCUUCCCCAUGAUGGUGCUGGCCCUGGUGUUCAUCCGCAAGCUCAUGGACCUCUGCUUCUCCAAGCGCGAGCUCAGCUGGCUGGACGACCUGAUGCCCGAGAGCAAGAAGAAGAAGCUGGACGACGCCACCAAGAAGGCGAAGGCCGAGGAGGAGUCCGAGAAGAUGCUGGAUCACGGGGAGGAUAAGGUGGUGCAGAUCCCCAUGGAGAGCAGCCAGCUCCUGCACAGCCCCCAGAAGAAGAGCAACAGCUCCAGGUGUGACCCAUCAGACAUUAAUAUCUCUGACGAAAUGUCUAAAACAACAGUGUGGAAAGCUCUCAGUAUGACCCCUGACAGCUCAGAUCUCAAGGACGACCCCGUUUCCACCAAAAAGGAAUGACAGUAACUGAAGUGCGGAGCUGUGUCGGGACCCCCCCGAGGCAGGGGGACUCAGGGACAAGAGGAGCUCGGCUCAGACAGUCUCAGCCAGGAUGGUCAACAGCAGGGAUGACCCCCCUCUCCCCCCCUACCCAACCUCCACACCAUGAUCUUUGGAUUAACAUCUUUACUACCCUACCCUUCCCCAACUGACCCCCCCGCCUUAUCUCUAAAUUUAUCCACUUUUCCUCUUCUGGGUGGGGGAGUGGGAGGUCCUCAUCACCCCAGACAGAGUGGGACUGAGGUGCAGUUCUACACUCAGUCCUUCGAACCCAGAGCCAGGCGCAUGCGGUCAGGCCAUCACAGUGACAUCCCAUCGCUGAUCAAAUGGCAAAAAAUAUACUGGUAACAUUAGGAUUGUGUUUGUUCCAUGAGAAACUGAACAGGAACACAAUGGCACCCUUUUCCAGGUUAUUAUUUUUCUAUGUAUAUAUUUAUACUUAUUAUUUAUUCUGUUUCAAGAUGUUUUAAUUUCUUAACAACUGCUAGCAGUAGUCCAGCAGUUUUUUUCUUUAUUAUGUUGUUGUCAGCACAAGCGUGUUUAUAGUAUUUAUAUUUUUGUUUAUUUUUUAUUUAUUUAAAUGAACUUUAAAUGGAAUCAAUAACUCAUACAGUACGAAGGUGUCAUCAUAUUUACCAUGGGACUUUACAGUCACUGUUGUCUGUUUUGUGCAGUGUAAACCAGUAACGUAUCCUUUAAGCAAAAUACUGUAGAUGGGGAUGAAAGACUAUCUGUGAGGCAACAGGUUCAGGGAAUCUCCAGUAAUCUAACCCUAAAGCUGGACUGUCUCUGGAGCAGAAGACCUGGGGUAACCUGCCUUUGGAGCAGGUUAUCUGUGGCCAUGUCCACCACCACAAGUCUUUCUUGCAGCUAUUCCUCUUUUUUUUUUUUCAACAAAUCAGUGGCAGGGUCAAUUAAGAAACUUGCAAUUAAGCAAUUAAACAUUUAAGCAAUUAAGCAAUUAAGCAUGCACACACACUUUGCAGGUACAAUACACAUCCUGUACUGUAGUCUUGAGAAAGCAAUAUCUGCUGAGCAGAUUUUAUGUCCAAUAGUCAGACCCAUAGUGGUGAGGUAGUGUGGAAGGGUGGUGAUGCAACAGUGUGGAGUGGUGGUGAGGCAGCAAUGAGGUUGGUGGUGAGGCAGCAGUUUGGGGGGUGGUG